AUGACCGGCCAACAGCAGGAAAAGUGGCAGCAGGUUGCCGACCUAAUCCAACGGCUGGGGCUGGUAUCCAGUGGCCAGGAUGAGCCGCGACAGCCGCCCAGUGCGGGCGGCCAUCUACAACCGGGGCUGGGCGGACCGUACAACGGACAUCCAGCGGAGGUUGCGGCCACAACGACCAUCAUCGACACCAACACCCGGCAGCCACACACCGUCACUGACAAGGCCACCAUCUCCAGCAACAACCGCCACCCCCGUGACACCUGCCCCCGUAACACCUGCGGAGCCGCACCGGUACCCAGACCAACGGGGGUAAUCCCCAGCCCAACGGGAAGGGUGAGGACGGAGGCGCAGCAGGCACGGAACCGCCGGAAAUUCCAGCAGCUGAAGGAAAAGAGGAAGGCCAGGGAAAGCGAGGCAAACCAACAACGUCGGCUUGCCAAGCAACCCGCGCCAACCUCAGACCCGGAAGCAGCCGGAACGUCUCCGGCCAACCCAACACCGAUGGAGGUUGACAAACCGGCAUCCAAGGACGGCAAGUCCGAGGAGCCGGGACAGCCCACCAGCUAG